GGCGUUUCCCUCCAGACACUUCAGCCCAACCUGCAGCCGCGCGCACAGAGCUCGGCGUCUACAGCAUUGCGGGAUUAACGGCGACCGGACGAGGCUAAUUUCAUUGGACCGGACUUUUUCCUGCCAAGUUGGACCCCGGUUCCGUUUCUAGGAAAGUCCGUUCUGCAGCUGUCAGUGGGUUAAACCUUGGAGAGGCAGGGUCGCCUUGGGCUGCCAGAACACUUCGGUGCCGGCUGCUUCUGCAGAGCGAACCGGAUCUCACGACGUCCGACAGAGCUGGGCUUUUUUUUGGUGCAUUCGAUUUGAUCUGAGCGUGACUUCUGGGCGCCGACCACAGGAAUCCCUCCUCUUCCUCUCCUUACUCUUAUUGCAUCCCGCCUCCCUGCUCUUCCUCUCUCUUCUUUUGGCGGGCUCAGCACCGGUUGCCCAGUCAGUCAGUCAGUCAGUCAGUCAGUCAGUCAGUCAGUCAGUGUCUCGCAUCAGCGCCGGGGGAAACUGAUAGAAAUGGGACGAGUCGCUUUCAGGACCACGAACAGCGCCCGACUUGUGCUGAUCAGCCUGUUUGGUGUGCUGGCGCUGUCCGUGGUGCUGGCCGAGCAGGAGGGGGAGAACCUGUCCGGCCUCUCCAACAACCCGGACAAAGCCAUAUUCGCGGUCCGGGAGAACGGAACGACGUGCCUGAUGGUCGAGUUCGCCGUGAAAUUCCUGGUGCCGUAUGACGUGCUCGCGCUCAACGGGAUAGACCUGAUCACGGAACAGGCUUCCUUCACUUUGCCUCGCAGCGCUGAAAUCGAGGGCAAAUGCGGGAGCACGGAGUCAGAGAUCCACAUAUCCUGGAAGAACAACGCCUACACCCUCCGCAUCUACUUCUCUGAGGAGGUUCGUGACAAAGGCACCGAGGUGUGGAAGGUCAGCAAGGUCCAGUUCGUCUACGACACCUCGGAGACGUCGCACUUCAUAAACGCGUACAACCCUGGGAAGCACACAGCCAGCACGCACCGCCUCUCGGCCCUGGUGACCCCCACGGGGCGCUCCUACGUGUGCGCAGCUCAGCAGACCCUCACCCUCAUCUCCAGUGACCACCAGAAGGGCGUCACCGUCUCCAUGUACGACGUCCAGAUCCAGCCCUUCGACAUCGCCUCCGACUUCAUGUUCAGCGAACCCUAUAAGUGCAUCACCGACCAGCGGGAGCGCCUGGAGGAGACCCUCCCCCUCAUCCUGGGCUUCAUCCUGGGCCUCAUCAUCGUCAUCACGCUCACCAUCUACCACUUCCACCUCAAGCUGACGGCGACGCAGCCGCAGCUCCCCAGGGACCGCUCCAUGUACAAGAACAUGUAGCCGCGCCCGCUCUCCGCCGCCGCCGUGAUCAAAGACCCGCCUCCUCGUUGUCCCACGACCUGAUCGCUCACAGGAAGGAGCCCCGGCCGCGCAGCCGCCGCCGCCGCUGGAGCCGGAACAGCUCCGAGACAGGUUUAUGGGACAGUCGGGGCCUAGCGUGGAUGUAGCUGGAGGGAGGGGACUGCUGAGUCCACACUUUGUGCCAUAAAUCCUGUAUUUGAUCUCGAUUACUGUACUUUCAAUAACCGAUUAUGUUUUUCUGACUAUAUAUUUAAGUCUCACUCACACUGGGCUCAGCGACGGCAGCACUUCACCUUUUUUCUUGUCAUUUCUAACUCUAUCCAGCUUGUUUCUGAAUGAGGAUUCAGAUAUUGCCUGAGCUUCUGCCAACGAAGUGCUGCUGCAGUACAUCGUCUCAAUCCCUGUCAGCUACAGCCACUAAACCAUUUCUGUUCAAAUUUCCUUUGGCUUUAGAUUUUUGAAUGCAGCCAUAGUGGUGCCAGUGUCUUGUAGUGUGUCCUGUGCUGUGGCAUUCAGAGUCAAAAAAAAAAGGAAGGAAAGCGGCACGUCGACGUCCGACUGAAGCUCUAAGCUGCAUCCUGACGUUCACCAGAGCACCGCGCGUGUUCACGGGAGAACGGAGAGGUGACGUGUGGAAUAUUUUCAGAAACAAAGUCUAUGCAUAAACCUCUGCUGAUGCAAUCUCGUGCUGUGCUCCCCCGAAAUAAACUGUUGGACUCA